AUGUAUUUCGACUGUGUAAGUGCAUCCAAUUUUCGUCGAAAAUUGCCAUUAACUAUGAAAUAUUUGAGUGAAUUGUAUGAUCGUCAAAACGAUGAGAAUGAUUCUCCAAAUUAUUGUGUUUCUGAAUUUAUUCGUUAUCAUAUCGGUGGUAUGAAUACACGUCCAAAUUUACAAUUACUUUUAUGUGGUGAUAAUGAAAAAUCUAACGAACUAGCAUGUGCACCACACAAAUUUCUGCCAAAUAUAUAUCGACAAGCUGGAUACAUUACCAAUUUUAUUAAUAAUGAUUGUUGCGAUUAUCCAUCGGCUUAUUUAAUUAAUACAGAAAAUUUUCGUUAUGAUCAUGAGUUAACUGGAUGGAGUUGUCAUCCUGAUUAUGAUAAUUAUGGUCAAUGGAGUAAUACCAUUGGACCAUAUUCAAUGAAUAAACGAUGUAUAAAUGGUAAAUUCGUUCAUUCUUAUGUAUUUGACUAUUUAUAUUCAUUUAUUGAUCUAUAUUCUACACAAAAAUUAAAUCUUCCUCACUUAACUUUUGCAUCAUUCACUGAAGGCCAUGAAGGAACUUUGGAAGUAUUAUCAUCUGUAGAUGAAGAAUUAUCCAAAUUUCUUAAAUAUAUGACACAACGAGAUCCAUCAAAUUCUCCUUGGAUUUAUAUCAUUAGUGAUCACGGUUCCCAUAUGGGACCUCAUUAUGAAUUUACAACAGCAGGUCAAAUUGAACAUAAAUUACCCGUUUUGUAUAUGUUAACUCCAAAGUCUGUUCUACAAACAAUAUCAACAUCUUCUCGUUCAAUCAGCAACAUGCUCGAUUAUCUUAAAUCAAAUUCGAAUGUACUCAUCACCAGCAAAGAUGUUUACCAUACAUUAAGAAUAUUUGCGGAGACUGUUUCAGAAUUUGAUAUUGAACAAUCGAUAACAACAGCAGCAACAUAUGAAACAUUAUACAAUAAUUUAUCCUUAUCACGUAAUUGCAAAGACUUGGGAAUAUUAAACAAAUACUGCGCUUGUAUUAAUAAUAACUCCUGA